AUGAUUGAAAUGUAAACUUUAGGAGUGAAAAAUACACAACCAAAAUUUUCUUUGUUGAUUGAUGAUUCCAAAACUCUAACUUAUCUAGAAUUAUUAAAAUGUGCUGCUCCUUUAGCCCUUGUUGAUGUAUAAACACUAAGUACCAGUCAUUAUUAAUAAUUCAAGAAUGUCUUUGUAACUUAAAAUAAGGCUGUUUCUGUAAAGUAUAUUAUAAUUAUAGGAACCUUAAUUUGAAGAAAUAACAUCAUUGGUUGAUUUUAUACCAGGAGCAACAACAUCAUAAAUGAUGGUAGCUUUAGGUACAAUAUCAAAAAAAAAUGCCUUGGGAGGAAUUGUUGCUUUAUUGGCAUAUACAAUGCCUGGAGCAAUGAUAUUAACAAUAUUAGGUUAUAUUUAUAGUAAGUAUCCUGAUCCUAGAGAUCUCAACAUUCUUGUAUUUCUGGCCAUUCAGGGAAUCAAAUCAAGUACUGUUUCAUUGAUUUUAUAAUUAUUGAUAUCAAUGGCCGUGAAGACUAUUAAUAAUAAGAUGCAUAUUAGUUUAUCUAUUUUAAGUGCAAUAUUAUUUGUUACAUAUUAAUAACCGUAUGUAUUAAUAUUGACUAUGAUGAUGGGAGGAAUAAUAACAAUUAUGGUUGAAUAUGAUGCAGAAAAUACAAUAGGAAGAAGAACAUUUGUAAAAGAAUAAAGUGCUACUCCUGCAAUUUUUAAUGAUCCAAAAUUAAUUAACAAAAAAAACAGUCAUAAAAUCAGUUAAUUAUUAGGAAAUAAAUCUUUACACAUGUAUUCCCUUAUACUAUUAUUAUUGUUGUAUCUAAAUUCAUAAUAAUAAUCUUUGAUUUUAGAUUUAUCUCUCUCAUUUUACAAUAUUGGAACAUUUAUGAUUGGAGGUACACCUAUUACAUUACCAUUCAUGUAUGCAGAAACUGCUUUAAAUCCUUUAUAUAUAAAUGCUGAUGCAUUUUGGUUAGGAUUUGGUUUAGCAGCAGCUCUGCCUGGCCCUUAUUUAAAUUUUGCUAUCUUCUUAGGUACUCAUAGUAUGGGUAUAUAUGGAGGCAUUUGUUGUUGGGUUGCAAUUUUUGUGCCUUCAGUUUUAUAAAUUUGGGGAUUGUUACCUCAUUGGAGUAAUUUCAGAAAAAAUAUUUAUUUGAUGAAGUUUAAGGAAGGUGUAAUUAGUGUGGCAAUUGGAUUUUUGGCAACUGCUGUAUAUUAUGGUUGGGUAGAUGCUUGUAAGUAUGAUUUAUCAACUGCUACUGUUAUUUCAUUUUUAAGUCUUGUUUAUGUUAGUCUUCUUAAUUUUAAUAGUCCAGCAGUUUUGACAUUAGGUGCUGCUUUGUUUAUUAUUCGUUAUCUUGCUUUAUGGUAUUAUAGAGAAUUGGAUCCGGUGAUAUUUUGA